CGCGGCUGCUCACAGCAGAUUGCCGACGCCUGUCCAUCGCGCGACGGCAACACACAGGUGUGCUGUUUUGUCCUCUCCGAGCAGGUUGUUGCUGGUGGCGGUCGUCGUCGUAGCGGGCAGGUGCCUCGCCGUUACUAACGGCAGACGUAAUCGGCAGGCGGGAGGUUUAGAACAGCUUCGCAGUCGAACGGACGGACGGACACUGGUCGCGGUCAUCCCAUUCAGGGAUAAAACACUCAUAUUUUCGUGAAACCCUCCAUCAAGCAGGGAAUCGACUGAGUGAGUUCAUCUCGGGAGAAAAGAGAGGAAGAGAAGAAGACCGGGAAGAAGAAAGGGGAGAGGUUGCCGAGCAGCGAGGCGAACGAACAAGGUAGCAGAUUCUCACGCACGAUGUCGCCUCGAUCGACGAGCGCGAAGACACGCAAUUUCAUCAGAUCCGGAUCAACGUUCGGACCGGUGUGUCCGGGUACUCAAUCCGAUAUCUUGGCACUGAUUGGCCGACGCACGGCAGACGACAAAGACGUCGUCUAUGUAACGGUCGACACGCGAGAGACCGGAGAAUGGACAACGCAAGUCUACUCCGCUCGCAAACCAGCCGAGCAGAACUUGGAGGCCAUCCUCAUAGAGGGCGCUGUAUUCUACAGGGCCGUGAGGGACAUUGGCGUGGGAGAGGAGCUGCUGGUGUGGUACAGCGAGGACGUGGCCCGCCUCAUAGGCAUGCCGGAUCUGCCGAUCAUACAGUCUAAAGAUGGCACGGCGUUCGUAUGCCCGUUCUGCGGUCAGUCGUUCGGCUACGCGUACACACUGCGCACGCACGCCUACUUCUACUGCAGCAAGCUGCGAGAGGGCGUGCUGGCCGAAAACGCACAGAAUCACGUGACCGAGAAGCCCUGCUCGGACUCGGCGAGGGACGUCGACCGAGAGAGCGACAGAACGUUCCUCGCCAACUUUCCCGUCAUCGGCAAGCGCACAGAGAAGGUCGGAGGAGGUAAGGAGAAGGAGAAGAACAAGGAGAAGGAGAAGGAGAAAGAGAAAGGUUUCCGCAAGUUCGUGAAAUCGGACGGGAAUAAAACGUCGUCGUUGUCGUCGGCGGCGUCGUCUCCGAUAGACGUCGUCGGCAACAGGAAGAGGAGAUGCGACGACGCCGUGAUAGACUUCUCCCGACAAAAAUGCACGCGCCUGAUCGCCGCCGACGCAGAGGGAAAGCCGCGCGACGUCUUCUCCGCCUCGUCCGUCGCCAUCACGGUCGCCUCGCACCACCACGGCAAGCCGACCGACUUUAACGACAACAGCCUACCGAGAAAGACGGACGACGUCAGUGGCGGAGGAGCAAACUCGGUCAGCGCGUUCAAGCAAGUCGAGAGGACGUCGCCGCAGACGACGGUGCCAUCGCCGUCGCUGCCCGAUAUCGUCUAUCCGGUGCAGAAGACGAGUCCGUAUCCGUACGCGCGUCUGUCCGUCACGAUGUCGUCGGUCGUCGACCCGAUUCCGAUCAUAUCGACGCAGAGCGCCAUGCUGCCGCAGGCGACGUCGAAACUCGUCGGAGGCGCCUUCGCCGCUCACAAGUCGUCGUCGUCGGUGUCGUCAUCGUCGUACCUCGCCGGAUUCGGCGCCGCCGAACCCAUUCUGCGCUCGCCGUUCCUGCCGAACCCGGACGCGAUCGGCAAGCUGCCGGUGUCGUGCGACAUCCGGCCGUUCAUGCCGGCGCCCGUGCACGGCGACGUGUGGGGACUCGGACCCUACGCUCCGCAGCGGUUGCCGUGCGCGGCGAAGCCGUACGCGUCGCCGAUGGACAGCUUCGCGGCGCGGCGGGCGCUGCAGGCCUGGCUGCCGCCCAACGUCGCCGCGCUUACGUUCCAGGCGCAGAACUGGUGCGCCAAGUGCAACACGAGCUUUCGCAUGACGUCGGACCUCGUCUAUCACAUGCGCUCGCACCACAAGGGCGUCGGCGACCCGGGCAAGCAGAAGCGCGAGGAGAAGCUGAAGUGCGGCAUCUGCGGCGACACGUUUCGCGAGCGCCACCACAUGAGUCGACACAUGACGUCGCACAUGUGA